AUCUGCAACCAAAAGAACAAUAAUUUUCACGCAUGGAAUUUAGAGCGCAUAUAUGUCAUAUUUAUAGAGACUUCAGUUAACACAAUGCAACAAAGGGGUUCAAACUCGACGAUGGAAUCCGAAGAGGUGGACAGCUCAUCCACCCCACUUUCAUCUAGGGGCAGACACAACUCGAAAUUAAAAGUGCUAGUCAGGAGCCAUGCCAUGCGGGAGGAGACGUCGCCCCCUCGGGUGCCCAGUCCGAACGUCCUCCACUCACCAUGCAUCAAACUCAUCCCCUCACCGGAAGUCUCCCCCGAUAGCCCGAACCCCGUCGUAGUCCUAAGUCCGUCGCUGAACUCCCCCUGUAAGUCUCCUCAGUGCCUCUCUCCCACCACCACCCUGGUACCCUCCCCCAACUCCAGGUGUUCCCCGUCGCUGUGCUCUUCCAACGAUCACGCCGCCAAUCGGCUCCAAUCGGACCACCCGCAGGACUCACCUGGGUCAGGAUUUGGGAGUUCGAGUCCCAAGUACCUUAACAAAGUCAAUAACUCGAAAAACUCGGACGCCUCCUCGAAGCAAACUAGUCAUAAUGUUAAGAAGAAGUGUAUGUGUGAUUGCCAAAACCAGAACUGUAUAAAGUGCAUUAAGGCGCAGGAGAGGAACAUCAACAACAAUCUAACGAACGUAAAUAACAAUGUGAUGGGAAGCCCCAACACCCUGACAGUGUCCAGGGCGAGUUCCAGGGGCAAACUCAGGCAGCAGAGUUCAUCGCAGGGCAGCUUCGAAAGCUCGUCCAAUUCACCUUGCUUAUCUAGAGAUAGUAGUUCUGAGCAAUACACCGAUACUACAGGUGUCGAUUUAGAACAAUUUAUACCCGAAACACUUAAUAGAAACGCAAAGGACAGAGCUCUUAUGCUUCGCAUAGAACAAGAACUAGUCAAUCUUGCCAAAGAUAGGUGUAAAACUCAUUACAAAUUUCCGCCGAUGUCCUCGUACCAACGCAUGCUGGUGCACCGCUGUGCGGCCUACUUCGGGAUGGACCACAACAUCGAACCCACAGGGAAGUCGGUGGUGGUCAACAAGACGAAGAACACGCGAAUACCCGACGUCGAGUUCAAGGAGCACAUCAAGGACGACAUCGUCUUCAGCGAGGAACCGAGGAGGUCAAUCCUGAAACGGGACUCCAACAGCGUGGAGGAUUAUAGUUUUAAAUCACCAGAUAGAUCUUUUAGUUCAGAAAAUAGAAGAAGUAAAAGUUUCGAAGAACGAGAGGAGGAAUAUGAGAAGGCUAGAAGGAGGAUAUUCAACAGAGAGAUGCACGAUGGUUCUUCGGAAGAUUUCGGCUGGUCCGAAAUCCCUUGGUCCAGUACAGAGAGCGAUUAUUCGUCUCGAUUUCGCCUUCAACCGCCCGACGUCCACCGACGUCAUUUUGGAAAAUUAAUAAAGGUCCAUUCUGAAGACACGGCAGAAGCGUUAAGGCCUUGUGUAGCGAAAAGUUACAGUUUCGGUGGAUACGGGGGCAUAUCCGUUCUCAGCAGGGGUGAUAGCGUCAUGUCGACUCACAGUGCUGGCCCUAGGCUGCUUACGAAACAAGAUUCCGCCGCCAGCUCGGUAUCCUGGCGUCUGAGCCCGUCCAGUUCCGGCUACAAAUCUCAGUCGCAAAUGUCCGAGUCCGUGACGCCGUCCCCCACGUCCACUCCGCACCCGAUCAGCGAUUCCAGACAGAAUUCGAACGGCAGCAGCGAAAACCAGGAGCACAGAAGCGAAACGUCCUCCAGUCACAUAGUGUGGGCCGUCACUGAUAUUCACAACGUGCCCAAGGGAAGCAUCAUCAUCAACCCGCAGACGGGGAAACCCCUGAAGAACGAAGACGGGUCCGUGUACCACUAUGACCCGAAUAACCCUCCACCCGGCAUGGCUCCCGCUCCCGCUAAACCUCCACUUUCUCCUUACAAACAAUGCUUCAAGGAUAACACCUCCAUCUCCCCGAAACGCAACCGAUCCACCUCGACGAAGACAUCGCCCACCAGGAAAUCAAACUUAACGAACAGUUCGACCAGCCCCAGUUUACCGUUCUCCCCUCCUCUACUGACCACCUCGGUACCCCACAGGACGUUCUCCUACGUCCAAACAGAGAACGUGGUCAGCUUGCCCCAGCAGCAUUUUUCUGGAUAUACUUCGACGUUCGCUGCGCCUACGGCGGCAGACAAUGGCACGAUGUACCAACAGCCCUACAUCAUCUACACGGCUCCGUCGUACGGUGUCCACGUCCAGCAGCAGUACGAGAACAGAAUGGGAUCGGUCACGUCUGCACACAAAGAAUCUAUCACUUAUGUUGUCUUAGGAACCAGAUCAUUCCCAAUUAUUCUUCAUAACCCCUUCGUUGCAGAUUCCGCCGCCAGCUCGGUAUCCUGGCGUCUGAGCCCGUCCAGUUCCGGCUACAAAUCUCAGUCGCAAAUGUCCGAGUCCGUGACGCCGUCCCCCACGUCCACUCCGCACCCGAUCAGCGAUUCCAGACAGAAUUCGAACGGCAGCAGCGAAAACCAGGAGCACAGAAGCGAAACGUCCUCCAGUCACAUAGUGUGGGCCGUCACUGAUAUUCACAACGUGCCCAAGGGAAGCAUCAUCAUCAACCCGCAGACGGGGAAACCCCUGAAGAACGAAGACGGGUCCGUGUACCACUAUGACCCGAAUAACCCUCCACCCGGCAUGGCUCCCGCUCCCGCUAAACCUCCACUUUCUCCUUACAAACAAUGCUUCAAGGAUAACACCUCCAUCUCCCCGAAACGCAACCGAUCCACCUCGACGAAGACAUCGCCCACCAGGAAAUCAAACUUAACGAACAGUUCGACCAGCCCCAGUUUACCGUUCUCCCCUCCUCUACUGACCACCUCGGUACCCCACAGGACGUUCUCCUACGUCCAAACAGAGAACGUGGUCAGCUUGCCCCAGCAGCAUUUUUCUGGAUAUACUUCGACGUUCGCUGCGCCUACGGCGGCAGACAAUGGCACGAUGUACCAACAGCCCUACAUCAUCUACACGGCUCCGUCGUACGGUGUCCACGUCCAGCAGCAGUACGAGAACAGAAUGGAAGUUCCUCCACAAAUGCCAGAUAUUGCAAACACCUACUACAUCCCUGAUAGUACUGGUGUACCUCAAACCCAACCUAUUGCUUAUCAACAUCCUCAAGCUGGAUCAUACUGGAACCAGCCAGUGGCUUUUUAUCAAAAUAACCCUCAGGCAAAUCCUCCAGCCCAAAGGUUCUCUACUGGUCCCUCUCAACAAGGAUUUGUACCAUCAGGUUAUCCCACAAACUACCUACCUCCCGCCACCCAACCUCCUCACAAUCCGGACAUGGUUUUUCCAAACCAACCCAUACAAGUUGUCUACCAAAACCAGCCUACGCCUUCAAAUCAGAUCUUGUAUCAAAACCAACCGCCUCCUCUUAUCUAUUCUCACAACACCAUGUAUCCUGCCCCCAACUAUCCUCCCCCACAAAUGACCCCACAACAUUUGCCCCAAAACGUGCCUCCCUACCCGCAGGGAACGCCUACUCCAAACAGUUGUACAUCGUCAAGUUCGGGACCUCCGUUUCCAUUGUCCGGGCCCGCACCAGAUACGCAAAAUUUCGUACACUUAACCCAAAGCAUGCACCAGUUGAGCUUGGGAGGUGGUAUGCAGGCUCCUCCCAGCUAUAUUACCAACAAAGGUCCACCGCAGUUUGAUUUUCGUCAAAAGAGCAACGGUAGCCUCAAAGGGAAUAAAUUUACAGGCCAAAAGAAUUUCAUGAUGGGUUCAAGUCAGAGUAGUACCGGCACGAACUCGCCCGCUGCUACGGUGAUAGCCGGUUACUGCCCACCUCAAAAUGCACCUGGUGUGUACAGGACUCCACCUGAGACACCGCCGACCCAGCAGUUCGGUUUUCCACCUAAUUUUAAUGUACCUCCAGUAAUGUUCAGACAGAUAAGUAAUGUUGCGGCAAAUACCCCUGGAACAUCUAGAAGCAGCCGAUCUCCCACUCCAGCCAGUGACAUAACACAUUAUGAAAGACAAAGGAUGUCUUUGCCUCCAAAUUUAUAUCAGGGGAUGCCUUGUGUUGUACCAACGGACCCCAGGCUUAUUGCAGGCAGAGGACAGCCUGCUGUCUACAGAUCACAAAACACUCCAGUCAACAAGUCCAAUUUUAGUCAAACUUCAGAAAAUAGAUCUCAUAAAGGCCGAAAAUCUAAGACCAAUAAGCAGACUGGGCUACCACCCAGUGGGAAAUAAGUUUAAGCACCUGGAAUACAACAAGUAUAAAUAUAUUUUGAAAAUGUAUAUAAAAAUUAAAAAUGUUGUUUAAAUAAAUAUGUUCAACAUCGAUUUUGAGGGCUGCCCACAGUUGUUACAAAAGAAAAAGUAAGGUGACAAGUUCCUUUUUAUUUAUAGACACAACUACUUCUGUUUUACUAUUUAUUUUUCCAACGUUUAACAAUACGUUUUAAGGCUUGUACACCAAAUUUUAUGUUUUCUUUUUGUUUAUUUUUUGUGAUAUUGAUUUAAAUUUAGUAAUAGUUAGUGUUAUUCGCAAUAUAUUUUUGGUGUUUUAAGUCUUCAAAACUUGUGGUUAUACUUUAUCUUUUUUUUAAGAUAUUAAUAUUUACGAUAUACUCUAUAUGUUGUUAUUUACAAUAAAGAACGAAAAAAAUUUUAUCUACAAGAUGUUGCUCAACAGUUUAAUUUGUCACAAGUUAUGCAGCACAAUAUUUUUAUAACAAAUAAAAUGAUCUACCAUUUUAAGUACAGACGACAAUUUUUUUAUUUUGGCUUAUAUCCUCACCUUUGAGUAAGUGUGGAAAAAAAAUCAUUCUUCGGACCUGUGAAUAUAAAAGACAAUCUAUUUUGUUGUAAACUAUGUGUAUGUGUAACAUGAACAAGGGUCCAUUUUUUAGUUGGUCACAUUCUUUGUAUGGGUGUUUUUGCUGAAAAUGUGUUCAACUAAAAAGUAAUUUUUAUAUACGAAGCAGUGAAAAAUAGCUAAAUGUUCGGUAAUUUCGAUCCUUUCUAAAGUUAACCUGGCUGAUUUCCUAUAUGUUUUUUCACUUCUUCGUCUAGAAUACUGUUAUUUGUAAAUUGUAUUAACUUUAUUGAAAAGUUUAUCAAAAAUGUUAAGUGUUUUCUUUCGCAGGUCGACAGUUUCAUUAAUAAAUCGAAUGUAAAAUUUUUA